AUGGCUACAGACGCAGAGAGGAAGCGAAAGCUGGAUCAGGAUCAAUUGGAACGGUCUACUUCAUCGAAACGGCAAAAGUCAUCCGACUCGAAGUCAAAGUCAACCAAGACAGCGAAUGGCCCCAGCAAUGGAAAUAGCAAGAGGUCUGCCAGCCCGAAAGUCGUCGUGACGAGGAUAGAUCCUCGACAUGCCGUCUCCAAUUCAAAGGCUUCGCCGGAACUGGAUCGCAAGGAGCGCAAGGCUGCGAAAACAGCACGAACGAGUGACGCCAAUUCAAUCGCUGGAGCUGCAGACGUCCCGAAUGGCGGAAUACUGGCCAAAGAGCAGCUUGAUAAGGCGAUGAAUGGGGCUUCAAAGAAUGGGCAUGCUACUACAGGCCUCGCUGAGAAUGGGUCGGACAGCACUUCUAAGCAGAAGGUGGACACCCAGCAAGCCGCAUUGCAGGCUCCUACGACUGCCAGGCAGUCGAAGAAGGACAAGAAGAAGCAGAGGAGGCAGUCAGUACAAUCUGCAAAUCCGGACACAGAAAUGGUCGAUGUUGCGAAGAGCAAGUCCAAGAAAUCCGCAAAGAAGAAGGCAAAGGCCGACGGUACGCAUGUCAGUGCACCUGUGUCACUACUUCCGGCGAAAGAGAAGGAACAAAGAGCACUGGAGAAGAAAGAGAGACGACGAGUCGACAGAGAGGUUGUGAGUGGGUUGCGCCCAGACGAAGCCAGGACCGCGCCGAACGAGAACGGGUGGUGGCUGUCGCCUCCUGCUGCCGGUCGCUACCUCAAUCAUGACCCUAUCUUCGUGCGAAGCGAGACAUCGGAAGAGUGCCUCAUUGCUGCUACAGUACGCGAAUUGCAGCUGCUCUCGCUGGACACCUCUUUGGUCAUUCGCACGCACAUAGUUCCUGACGGUCGAAGCAUUCUAUGCUACUCCCUCAGCCCCAGCGACGAAGAAUGUGUCGACAUAGCGUACGAUAACGGUGCCAAGGUACAAUGGAACUGGAUCACCUCCGAAAUUGUCAAAGGAACAUUCCCAGGACAGGAGACAACCAUUGCGAUGACUACCGCCAAGGUGAUCGGAGACCGUGCCGAACUGUUCUACAUCACACAAGCCAAGGGCGAUUACAUUCUUGUCGGGCAAAGGAAAUCGCUGUUCAAGACGAAGCAUCCCAUCAGCAGCGUACAGGUGCUGGACAAUGCCUCCUUUAUCGUCUGUCUCAGCGAGGAUGCCAUCAUCGUGGGUUCUCGAAAGGCCGUGAGGGAGGACUCCAAUUACGUCUUUGUUGAAAUACCUACAACCGUGCCGAGCACAUGCGUAGACGCCCGAGUGAUCACCCAGCCUUCCAAGACUGCCUCCAAGCAGUCGAAUCAGCGAUCGGAGGUAGCAAUAGCGGUGGGCAACGCCGAGGGCCAGAUCCAUCUAUACACUCAGUUCUCGGAGCUCCUCGUCGGGAGCGACAAGGCAAGUUUCCCGGCACCUCGCGUCCUGCACUGGCAUCGCGAGCCAUUGUCUGCUGUGAAGUUCUCCCGCGAUGGCAAUUACCUGAUAUCUGGUGGUAAGGAGACGGUUCUUGUGCUUUGGCAAUUGGAGACUGGUAAGAAGCAAUUCUUGCCGCAUCUCACUGCUGAAGUGGAGCGUAUCGUGGUCAGUCCGAACGGAACCAAAUAUGCGCUUCAGAUGGGCGACAACUCGAUCAUGGUCAUCAGCACCAGUGAGCUGAAGGCUGUGGCGAACUUCGCUGGACUUCAGCUUCCCGCACGAUUGGAGAACAUGGACGCAGACAUUGACCUCCCACGAACUACGGCUUUGCUGCACCCUCAGAAUCCACACCAGCUGCUGCUUACAGUCCCAUCAUCGCAGCCCAAAUCCGCGGAUGAUAUCACGACCAGACCAUUCUUGCAGACUUUCGACACUCGCCAUUCUCGCCACAUCACGCGCCAGGCUCUGACCCGAAACAACGUCACCGACUUCAGCCUCGGCCCUGAGGACACGCCGAUCGAGCCUCCAGAUGUCUCUCACAUCGCGAUCAGUGCUGAUGGUAACUGGCUUGCGACCGUGGACGACUGGUAUCCGCCAGGCACAGACCUUGCGCCCGGAGCUUGCGAUCUGGACCACUAUGACGCUCUGCAGGUGAAAGAACAACAGCUACAGCGACGAGAAGUGCAUCUCAAAUUCUGGCACUGGAACGCUGCGGAUGCCAUCUGGACGUUGAGUACACGGGCCGAUGCGCCGCAUGCACGCUCCGCUUACGCAGAUCUCGGUGCUGGAGCAGGUCGUGUACUCCAGCUGAAGGCGGAUCCUGCCUCGAACACGUUCGCUACGAUGGGCGAGGAUGGCUGCAUGAAGCUCUGGCGUCCGAGAAGCCGUACUCGCCAUGGUGUGCCGCUGAAGGACGAGAAUGGUGAGAUCUUGGUGGAGUGGGUGUGCAAGCGCAGUGUACCUUUGCACAUUCCUACCGAGAUCCCCGGUCGCGCAGACUCUCCAUUAGACGACGACGCGAUGGAUGAAGACGUCAAAGACGUCAAUGCGCUUGCCGAACCAGCCGGCCAGCCCAAUGGAAACGAGGUUGCGAAGUCGCAGCUGCAAGUGACAGCCGAGAGUCUGGCCGUCAUCGCAGUCGACGACAAGGAGAACUCGCCGUCGAUCCUUGCGGCUACCCUCUCCUUUUCACCGGACGGCUCCCUCGUAGCCUGCGGUCAAGUCGCCGGCCCCAACAGCGACACCUCGCAUCCCCUCCUGCACUUCAUCUCCACCUCCACCGGUAGCAUCGUCGCCAGCAAAUCCGGCCUCGUGGCGCCCGACGAAGAACUCAUCGAUACCGGUUUUCUUGACCGCUACUUCAUCACCCUUUCGGUCGGCACGGUCCGAGUCUGGAAUCUCGUGGAUGACAGCCAUCACUACUCCAUCGCCCUGAUGGGCGACGAUGACGAUCAACAAGAUGCUAUGCUGGCGGUCAACGAAGCGGAUGAGACUUUUGCCAUCGUCAGCACUGCGCCAAUGUUCAAGACGGAUGUGCGUGUGCCGCGAGUGGAAGUGUACUCACCGCGCCGACCGCAAAGUCUCUUCAUGGCGGAAUUCUCAGAGACGCCAGUGGCUCUGCUGGCCGCGAAGGGUGUGAAGGGAUACACGGUCUUGUUUGAGGAUGGCACGAUUCGAAAAGUGCACUCGACUGUUACCAGCGUGCGGAGUGGACUGUUGGAGAACUUGGGUCAUGAUGCUGAAGACGAGUCCGUACAGCCACCUGCUGCUGCGACUAUUGCAGAGGGUGCAUUUACACCUCUGCCGACCGCGGCGGAGACUCUGGCGCUCAUUCAGGGCAAGGACGGAGAGGACGCGGAGCUCACAGGCGCGCUGGGAAGUCUGGCGUUCGAGGAAGGCGAGGAUGAUCGUCCUGUCGUUCGACCGGAGCAGUUGGCGAGCAUCUUCGAUGUUGGGCAGAGUUCCGCGAUGCCGCCCGUGGCGGACAUGUUUGCCGCUGUUAUUGGAUUGUAUGGGCGCAAACCAAGGACAAGGAGAGAAGAGGUUGGGGAUGCAAUGGAGCUGGCGUAG